UCGCAAACCCGGCUGUGGCCUCGGAGAGUUGGGCACACUAUGGCCGGCCCGGGUGUCUAUUCGGCCAGCUUGUUCACGCUGCUCGUCCUACCGGCGCUCUGCGCUUCUCAGGCCGAGGUCUCGCACCCCACGGAGUUUCCAUACAUCCUGGGCUUCCGCAUGGAGGGCUGCGACAGGCCCGCCGAGCUGUCAGAUAGCGGGGAGCUCGAGGUGACGGAAGGCAGCCGCCUGCGGCUCCGCUUCUAUGGCCUGAACCUGCAGACCGACAUCGAUAACUUGCUGGCCUUCACCGAGGCUGCGGUGGAGGCUCAGGACAACAGCAGCUGCGUGAAGGACACCGGUGACCUGGUGAGGGACUCUAUAGGGCUGAAUGUGAGCGAGGUGGCUGGGGGUACGGCCGCCCUCCUGGUGGUAAAGGUCCUGCCCCUGAGGAAGAGCCAGAGCUCCCGGGUCUACAUCCUUUGCACGCGGCGGGGCCCCGGGCAGCCCUGGACCCUGCACCCGGGCCCGGACGGGCGCCUGCGGGUCAUAGAGGCUCACAAGCCGCUCAUGCCAAUCUGGCUGCAAGCAAUUGUCAUCGCGGUGCUGCUGAGCCUGUCCGGCAUCUUCAGCGGCCUUAACCUGGGACUGAUGGCCCUUGACCCCAUGGAACUGCGGGUGGUGCAACGCUGCGGCUCAGACAGGGAGAGAAGGUACGCCGCCAAGAUCGAACCGAUCCGUCGCCAGGGCAACUAUCUUCUCUGCUCUCUGCUGCUUGGCAACGUGCUGGUCAACACCACGCUCACCACCCUGCUGGACGAGCUCAUCGGAUCAGGAAUCGCCGCCAUCGCCGCCUCCACCACGGGCAUUGUGGUGCUUGGAGAGAUUGUUCCUCAAGCUCUGUGCUCCCGCCAUGGCCUGGCGGUAGGGGCCAACACUCUGUGGUUGACUCGGAUCUUCAUGGUGGUCACAUUCCCCCUCGCCUAUCCAGUGAGUCGCCUUUUGGACUGCGUUCUGGGUCAGGAGAUCGGUACCGUCUACAAUCGGGAGAAGCUCCUAGAGAUGCUCAAGGUUACAGAGCCGUAUAGCGGCCUGGUCCGUGAAGAGAUGAACAUUAUUCAGGGAGCUCUAGAGCUGCGCACCAAGACCGUGGCAGAUGUGAUGACCAGGGUGGAGGACUGCUUUAUGCUCCCCAGCGAUGCCGUGUUAGACUUUAACACCAUGUCCAGCAUUAUGGAGAGCGGAUACACCCGUAUACCGGUAUAUGAAAAUGAACGGUCCAACAUUGUGGACAUUCUGUAUGUGAAGGAUUUGGCCUUCGUAGACCCAGACGACUGCACCACUUUGAACACCAUUGCCCGUUUCUACAGUCACCCUGUUCACUUUGUGUUUAGUGACACCAAAUUGGAUGCUGUCCUUGAGGAGUUUAAGAAGGGAAAGUCUCACUUGGCCAUUGUACAGAAGGUCAACAGCGAAGGAGAAGGAGAUCCGUUCUACGAGGUGUUGGGACUGGUAACUCUUGAAGACAUUAUUGAAGAAAUUAUUAAAUCUGAGAUUUUGGAUGAGUCGGAUCUUUAUACUGACAACCGCAGUAAGAAACGCGUUAAUCGUCGUCAGGACAAAAAGGAUUUCUCUGUCUUUAAAGACCCGGAUCACGAACUGAGAAUUAAAAUUUCCCCUCAACUGCUGCUUGCUGCCCACCGAUUCUUAUCCACAGAGGUACCAUUGUUUGCAUCUAAUUUAAUUUCAGAGAAGACCCUUUUGCGUCUUCUCAAAUACCCAGAUGUGGUGCAGGAGCUUCAUUAUGAUGAUGAUAACAAGAAGGCAGCAGACCACUACCUGUACCAGUGCAACAAGAUAGCCGACUACUUUAUCCUCAUCUUGCAGGGGAAAGUUGAAGUAGAGGCUGGCAAGGAGAAUAUGAAAUUUGAGUCUGGCGCCUUCUCCUAUUACGGUGUCAUGGCUUUGAGUGCACCUUCAGCAAAUGAGCUCCGUUCCCCAUCUCACAUGGGCAGCCUGAACAGAUCUAGAUCCCUCAGCCAUGAACGUUCCGACUCCUUAUCAUCCACCAUCAGUGGCAGCAACACACAGCUCAGCACUCAAGCACAAUACACGGCAGACUUCAGUGUGCGAGCUCUUAGUGACCUACAGUUUGUAAAGAUCACACGGGAACAGUAUCAAGGGGCCCUGAUCUCCUCCCGGAUGGAUAGUAGCCCGCAGUCUCCAGAAGGUGGAACCCACAAGCUGGAGACCACCAUAUCUGAGCGCAGUGAAGUUGUGGAAGAUGAAACGACCAGUCUUUUAAAUGAGAGGAACUCGCAACACAGUUUGCACCACAAUGCCGUCUGACACCAACCCCGAUGCUAAGCAUAGAUCUGCAUGUACGUUACCUGUGGAUCGGCCUAGAAAAACACUUUGCAAUAUCUGACUGGGCACAUAGUGCCAGUGCACUGCAUGCAAAGCUUUAUCCUAAGAGACAAAGACAGAGCUUCCAAAA